UGAGUGCUCUUCGCAUGAAGUGGCUUUCGUGGCACACACUCGGAGAAGUUGUGAAAGGUUGUUUUUGGUCCAUACCUAUCACCAUAACCUUUUGUGACCUUAUUGGAACUGUUGCCAAGGUAGAAGGCUACUCCAUGUCACCCACAGUCAAUCCAAAAGUUGGUACCAGAGUAGAUUUGGUUUGGAUUGAUAGACUUUCUUUGUUACUGAAGGAUAUAAGACGAGGAGAAGUUGUUGUUCUUGCAUGUCCCUAUAACAAAAAUAAAAAGCUAAUCAAGAGAGUUGUAGCUCUCGAAGGAGAUCAUAUUUGGAGUAGAAAGGAAAGCCGAUUAACAUAUAUACCUCUUGGACACUGUUGGGUAGAAGGCGAUGAACAAGACAAAAGUACCGAUUCCAACCAAUUAGGUCCCGUACCUCAAGCACUUAUUGAAGGUCGAGUAAGUUUUAUCAUUUGGCCUUGGAGAAGAUGGGGAAGAAUACCACAACCAUCUGAACACUCUUCCGAGAAUAGACUUAUUCCUAAGCCUCCAAAAGAUAAACUUGUAGGAGCGGAAGCUCCUUCUAGGGAAGAGAAAAAAUUGGCGCGCCAACUGAAAGAUCUUGUCAGAAAGGACGGCUAUACUUCGCCUUUAGAUGAAUCCUUUUGUUCGUAUUUCACAUUAGUUCGCUAUUUGCGUGCGAGGGACCACAACCUUCGAUUGGCGAGAGACAUGCUAAUCGAAACUUUGCAGUGGAGAAGAGAAGUGCGUCCAGAACGUAUGCUUUGUAACUUAUGCUUACAUAAUCCACGAAGUCAUACCUUUCGUCCUUUGGGAGUUGACAAAGUGGGUAGACCAGUAAUGUACUCUUGUUUUGUCGGUCUGGAAGAUCGGAAUGCAGACAAUAACGUCAAGCAUCUUAUAUACUAUUUGGAAACAAUCUUCACAAACUCCUUUGCGGAGUCUUAUAUUUGGGUGUUGGAUUUUGUUGGGUUUUCAGCGCAAGAUCUCAAUCCUACGGUUGGAAAGAAGUCUUUAAAACUUUUUAGUGACCAUUAUCCUGAACGCCUUUUUCUUGCUGUUGUGGUGGAUGCGCCUUUAGUGUUUUCGUCACUUUGGUCGAUACUAAAGCCAUUUAUUUCAAAGAAUACUGCGAAGAAAAUUGAGUUUCGCAAGGUCAAAACAGUUCGUCCUUUAUUCGAAGAGCUCAUGCCAUCAGAAUUGGUUGAGAAGUUUUUUCAGGAAUUUGAAGAAAACCGGAAUCCCGAGGUCGCUAAAACCAAGCAGUGGUGGAAUUUACCACCUCUACCUCCACCAAGGUCUUGGAAGAAUAUGUCGUUGUCAAAAGAGCACAUAGAGUUUUCUGGAAGUUAAUGGGUGUGAUGAGUUUUUCAAAUGGAUAACUUCAAGAUCUACUUGACACUUUCUCUUCAUAGAAGAAUCAGACAAGUUCUGGUUUCAAGUUUUGGUUUAGAGAAGAAAGCUUUUAUUAUCAACAAUGGAGACUUCGUAUUUCUCCUAUGGUCGAAAAUUUCUUUAUUGAGUUUCAGUUAACAAUGCAUGUCAAUUCUAUAGGUUUGCUUUUGUAGAAAGGGAGUCUUUUAUAGUUUCUUUUUUUCGAUUAGCAUCUUUGUAGUAUAUUUUUUUCGAUUAUCGUGAGUCAGUCCAUAUCUCGUAUUCAGUUUCUGUGAGUCAUCCAAACCUCCAUUCAGUUUCUGUUUGAAUGAGUGAAAAAGGUUGUACGAUAUAUUAUCGCAGAGAUAUAGAAUUUACAUGCUCACACAAAGAAAUAAAAAAAAUUAGAAAUUCGAGAUUGUCCAUUCCUUCUUUUAAAGGGCUGAAAAGUAGCAUUUCCAAUUC